AUUGAUAGUUGCGGCCCUAUGCGGAAGAAGGGUGGAAUUCAGACGGAAAAAUAAUUUGCUUUGGACAAAGUUAAACCAGUUGCUAAUAUAAUCAUGCCGGCGUAUCAUUCCAAAUUCACCGAUCCCCCAAAACUGAUUGGAAACAUGGCUCUUAUGCCUCUAAGGACAACAUACAAGGGUCCCGCCCCUAAAGAUUCUUCAGAUUUUGACAUCAUUGAUGAGGCAAUUUACUACUUCAAAGCUAACAUAUUCUUCAGAAAUUAUGAAAUAAAGAGUGAAGCUGACAGGACUUUAAUAUAUAUUACAUUAUAUAUAAGUGAAUGUCUGAAGAAGCUACAAAAGUGUUCAUCAAAGUCAGCUGCCACCAAAGAAAUGUACACAUUAGGUUUAAUUAACUUCCCAAUCCCAGGAGAACCCAAAUUUCCUCUUAAUGCAAUGUUUUCAAAGCCGAAUGGCAGAGCUGAAGAAGAUACAAUGAGAAACUACCUACUGCAGAUAAGACAAGAGACGGGACUGAGGAUGAUAGAAAAAGUCUUUGAACAGGAUGACAAACCAAGCAAGUGGUGGCUGUGUUUUGCCAAGAGAAAGUUUAUGGAGAAGAGUUUGUCUUCCCCAGGAAUGUGAGGUGAAUGAACAAUCUGUAUUGACAUGGAUUGGCAGAGUAUUGUAAUCCAGGAUCUGGAAGUGUUAAAAAGAAACCUUCACUAUAAUUUGUAACCUUAUUAUCAUGAUUAUAUUUAUGUAUAAAUGUGUGUAUGAAUCCCUUCAGAGCUAGCAAACACUGUACAUUUCAUCUUAAUCUUUUAAGUGUUUCAUCAUUCAUACAGACUGUGGUAAAUGAAGAUUUCAUAUUUCUUUUUUU